AUGGCAAGUGCGGCCGAGUCCGUCAUGGCUCUCAAUGCAGUCGCGCCUGCGGGCACCGCAUUGACUGAGCCGCCACUCGAGUUUCUCAGUCUUUACCAUGCUGUCGAUCCUUACCUAUCCUCCGUGUUUAUCUUCUAUGGCCCUGUCGCGACUGCCAAUGCCACCGUUAGUAGCUCACGCAUCCAAGCACAUAUCUUCACCCCCGCGGGCUUUCAAAGCUACCCUCGAAUUACAAUUUCACCCGCUGCGCCGUUGUAUGCAGCAGUGAAUCGACUACCCAGAGAGAAACAAGGGAAUGCAGUAGCCCGAGCUCUAGCUGUGAGCAUGUUUAAGUAUUUCUCCGAACUAUCAGAACCCUUGAGGAAUCAUUUGACAGACGCGCCCCGGACAACAACAACGAAACAGCCAGUAAAACCGCCGAGGCUAUUUGAUGAGGGACAUGCUGCCGACUUGGCUAGUCGCAUGAUAAUGUUGGAAGAUUCUUCGGACGUUGUGCGCGAUAUUCACAGCGCAUUGUUGGAUCGCAAGAUUUCCUGGGCCGACAUCGAUGUUGUUCUGCCAGCUGGUACCAUACAACUGCCUCAAAGGCGCGACAGCACAGCCUCAGAUAUUGAACCAACAGAUAAACUCCAAUAUGGUCCGUAUACAUCCCUCAUACAGGCACUGGGUGAACCAAUCUUUCUACCAACAUCUCGCCUCAAGCGGGCACCAUCCCAAUCGACUAAUGUAAGCAAGUCAAAAAUCUUCACGCGCAACCAGAAGGAGGCACUUCGUCUCGCUAUGUGUGAAUUGGUGGAUACAGAAGAAAGAUAUGUGGCCAAGAUAUAUUCGUUGGUGCAUGAGGUCGCAGACGAGUUUCGACUGAAAGCCCAAGGAAAAGGCCCAUCGAGCACAAGUCCCGACGAGGCUGCCUUGAAAGCCCUUUUUCCACCAUGCUUGCACGAUAUUCUGGAUGUGAAUCUUGGCUUUUUGGAUGUCAUUCGCCACGUGCUCGAGGAAACCGAAAAGGACGCACUCGAAGACAUUAGCCAAGAUACCGAAUUGCCAUCGUCUCGCGCGGCGUCGAGGGAAGGCAAGGAUGCAAUUGGUGCGGUAGCAUUUGCGAAGGCACUCCUUGAAUGGCUGCCUCAGUUCUCACAACCCUACGCUGAUUACAUGCGAGCACAUACCGGAUUCACACAAACUCUCAAUUCUUUCAUGAAGGACAAAAACUCAAGCUUCUCGAAGCGAGUCUACGAGACCGGAGAACAGAGACUACGAUCUCUCCUGAUGGAGCCUGUUCAGCGACUACCUCGCUACAGCCUCUUAAUAGAUACUAUGACCGGCAGUCUACCAUUGGUCCAUCCUGCCGUGCGCCCUCUAUUGAAAGCGAGAGACAUUGUGAAGGAUAUUUGCGCCUUGGAUAAUUUUUCACCCUCUAGUCACGCACUGAGUUUGCAACGUUUGGAAGAGCUGGCCGAUGGAUGGCCAGAAAAACCCUUCCCUGAAGGUCGCUUGAUCACUGCUGUUGAUUUCAACGAAAUCCCACUUCCAUAUCAAUUGGACGUCCAGCCAGCAGGCCACGGAGCUGGCAUUAUGUUGCUGUACAAGAAUUGUCUUGUUUUACUCACGAAACUUGCUGAAAGCCGAACGACAGCACGUGGAUUGCUAGCCGACAUCGAUAAUGCAGCCUCGCCGAAUAGUGACACGUUACUGUCCCUGCCAUCCUCCGAGCUCAAGGUUGCACAGAUACUCGAGCUCCACAAUGUGCGCUGCAUGCAUUCCACAUGUGGGCGAGUCUUGUUCAUUGUGCCAGCAACAUCAACGUCAAAUGCAGAUAUUUCCGGUAAUGCUGCUGAGCUUCUUGCUUUGGAGUUGGUCGCAACGUAUGAAGGAAAAGCCAGUCGUUUUAUCGAAGAAGUGACCAAAGCAAAGAUAGAAGGCCGCUACGACGAUUCAGAGCGAGAGGGAGGCAAAUGGACUCUACGCAGUCCUGCUGUCACAUCUGGAAAUACAAGUAUUCUGGCUUGUGUGUGCGAAGAAGAAACCAGUAUUGCUCUCAAGCAGCCGCAGUCUUCCAAGGUUCGAUUGAUAUUUGACACGCCACGAGCAGCAUCCAUCCAGUUGUUGGCGCAGAAUGAUUUGGAGGUGGUCAUAAACAUUUCUCCAUCUGGCGAGGAUCAAUUCAGAAUGGACGUGGAUUCUGUGAUUGGCUCAACAUACACAGAUCUGUUUUCGGCGGAUAACUUUGUUCUGACACUUUCCAAGCGCUUACAAAACCUAUUGUCAACUCUUCACACUGCUCGAAACCCUCAGUUGGUGAAGCCCAUGGUUCAUUCAAAUUUUGAAAUUGUUCGAUACAUCGCUAGCAGUUUGAUAACUCAGGUCAAGUCUUCACGCAGCUUUCGACCACCCUCAGCAACCAAAUUGCUUUCAAAUCUACUAGGAGGCAGCCGUGAUAAUGUUCCCACCCUCAAGUCAGGCACUCUCCAUGGUGAAUUCCCGAAGACUCCGCCACCAAGAGGCCAUCUUUCCAGAUCGAAUACUUUGCCUUCGUCACUUCCAAGCAAAGAUAAUGGAAAAGAAAAAGACAAGGAAACGGAGGAAAGCUCGAACAAAAUUUCUGUCGUUGGUACAUCCACUGUCAAAGGUCUAGAUGGCCAACAUGGAUUGCUGGAGAAGACUUUUGCGGCCUAUGUUCUUUCCUUACAGUCUCGAAGUGGGAACAUCUUGGGGCGUAUGCUUAGGGCCAGAGAGAAUGCAGAUCGUGCCCUAGUAAAUGAGCUUUACAACAUUCUUCUGGAAGAUCCAAGCAAGCUCCAGGUUGCCGCAGAAGUGCCCGUUGACACCCUUUUCGUCGCAUUUGAAACAUUCAUGAAGAAUGCCUGGAAGGAGAGCAUGGGCUCCGUUCUGGAAACAUCAUCUUUGACCUUGCUUCAGAGCCAGUUCGAUUCAAUGUUUCCUCGCGAUUUUGAUGAGCAGUUCCGGAAGUUUCUGGUCAAUACGAGUCCACAGAAUCGCCGUGCUUUGGCUGCGAUAAUUCGGUUGCUUGCCGAGCUACUAGAUGCUUCUGGGAACGAUGGAGAUCGGGGUGCUUUGACUAUGGCCUUUGCUGAGGUUCUUACCGAAGAUGGAAAUCCAGUACAGCAUGUGUCACUUUUAGACCGCCUCGUCGAUGACUUUGACUAUAUCUUCGAAGAAUUCGUCCCUAGUGGUGCUUCCGUGGAAGGAACAUUGACCUGUGAUCAAACCAAAGCCUCACAUGCGAAAACUGGGUCUGUGGGCUCAAAUAGCUCCUCUUUUCGAAAGCGCUUUGGAUUCGGCAUGCACAAGGAGAGCUUCAAGCAUGAAAAUGAGAGCAAAGUUGCAUCAAUCUUGCGAACAUUGAGUAGCAAGAGACAAAGCCCCACGGACUCGGAGCCUAGCACUCCUAAGGGACCUCUAAUACGUUCAAAGUCCACCGAUAUUGACACCCGCCUAGGUCUACUUCGGCCUUCCUCUCAUGACCGUCCUCACGGGUUUGCUUCCGAGGAGAAUAUCCCGAGACCGGACAUAGGAUAUGGGCAACCGCCCUCGUUGUCUUCUAUGCGGGGAAUGUCGACUGAUGGUGUAGUGAGAGUUCGCAGGAAGAGGAGAAGUUCCCUUUCGGAUCUUCGCCCAACAACAGCCUCCUCUGAUGUCUCUCAGAUUUCAGUUUCCUCAAAUAGUCUUCUACGUCCAGCGACGCCAUCCGGCCGCUCACAAUUUGAAGUUACAACCCCCACCAGCCAGACUAGACCACAGAGCAGUUACAGGGCGCAAUCUCCAGCCAGGGGCACGUCUCUUUCAAAGGCAACGUCACCUACUCGCCUUAGAUCGCCCAUCCGAAGGGGUUCACCGACGCGGCCUGCUACUCCCAGUAGAAAAGAGAACGUUGAUCCUAAAUCCCAUCAAACAGAGCGGCUACUUAAGCCCAGGUCCAACAUACCAGAAUCGCCAUUCCAGGAGAACAAGAGACGAUCCUUGGCAACUGGCAUACCCCAAAGGACAGCCGCACUUCGUGAGAGAUCAGCUGUCAAUGCGUCUGAAAACAAGCGCCCACUCUCUUUCCCAACGAUCCAGAAUCAUCAGAAGGUGCGAAUGCAGAGUCCGCAAAAGCUACGCGAUCGAGUUCAAAACGAAAAAAACUCCCAAUCCACUACCGAACUGGGAAUGAGAGAUGAGCUCUCGGCCCUUAGUAAUGAAUUACAUUCUUUGAAGCUCGCACCAUCGAACAAUGUGACCCCAAAGAGAGGCACUGUAGAUGGUCUCGAUGGUCGCUUCCGACGACUUGAGGAGCGUUUCGAUCAAUUCUCUGGUGAAUACAAUGGUCGCACCUCUGCACUGGAGAGAGAUCUGGAAUCAUCUUUGAUGUUUAGUGAAAAGCGUGCAAAGAAGCUCGACGAGCUGUACCGAGAGGCAAGCGCGGAGAAUGAGGCACUCUAUGACCGGUUCAACUCAGAACUCAGCAAGAUUUCUAAAGAUGUACGCGCAGGAAGUGUGGAAGACGCGAUGAAGUCUCAGCUGUCCCAGGCCUUGGAUGAAAUUGGCCGCCUCAAGAAGGAGAACUUUCGACUGAAGAGAGAAGUCGGUGGUCUGCGUGCCCAACAGGCUGCUGUUGCACUUCUGAGAGCAAGCGAACAAUAA